AUGCCUGAGAAUACAGCAAACAAAGUUUAUUGGUCUCAUAAAACAAUGGCGCAGCACCCAGCCUAUUCGGAUAAAUUAAUUCGAAAUAUUAAAUAUCAUCAAAUGGACCGGGAUAAACAUUCAAAUAUACAACUAAGGCGCAUAACACAAACGGACUGCCAACAAGUCUAUGGAUUUUUGAAAUUAUAUUUUUUCCAAGAUGAGCCACUGUCGACAUGUUUCGGACCGGACGAGGAGCGAGGAUUUGGCGAAACAAUUUUAAGCUCAUUAAUCGAUUCGGAACUCUGUUUAAUGGCAAUUGACGAAGAAACCAAUGAAUUGAUUGGAGUCAUACUAAAUGAUUCAGAGAAUCCAGAGAAGAAAAAAACCCUACCGAAUUAUGAGGUCAAAACAAAUGAUCCGACGGGUGAAAAAAUCCAUAAAUUUCUAACAAAAAUACGAAAUGAAGCUGAUUUAUUUCAACGUUACCAAAUUGAAAAAUUACUUCAUCUAAUCAUUGUGUCAGUGAAAAAGGAAUGGAGAGGCAAAGGAAUUGCAUCCCUUCUAAGUAAAGCUGUCGUGGAUAUGGGUAAAGAGAAGGGUUUCGAGUUGAUUUCUGUUGAGUGCACGAGUUUGUUUACGGCAAAAAUGUUCCAAGGCAUGGGUUGGGAUCUGGUCCACACGAUCUACUAUAAGGAUUUUUUGGAUGAGAAUAUGGAGCAAGUAUUUACACCAUUAGCGCCACAUGACGGCUGUCGAGUAUAUGCAAAACGUUUGUAA